AUGGACAAAUUGCACGAGAGUCUGUUGAACCUAGAAGAUGGCUUGGACUCCGAUCACUCUGCCUUUCUCUCCUCUUGGGACUGGAAAAAUAGCCAGGGGAGCUUCGACCCAAAUCGCCUCACCUCCCCUCAAAGCCUGUCUCCGGCACCGUCCUUCGAAUCCUCUUCUUCACCUGGCCCAGCUCUGGUGGAACUCCCUUGCAGCCACGGUGGCAAUCUGGUGGGGUACAACUUGUUGGAUUCACCUACUUAUCUGCAGGACUCUGGGCAGCCCAAGGGACACAAGGGUACCAAAGUGAGGAUGUCAGCCCAGCGGAGGAGAAAAGCCAGCGAGAGAGAGAAGCUCAGGAUGCGGACCUUGGCCGAUGCCCUCCAUACCCUCCGUAACUACCUUCCUCCCGUCUACAGCCAACGAGGUCAGCCGCUCACCAAGAUACAGACUCUGAAAUACACCAUUAAAUACAUCAGUGAGCUCACAGACCUCCUCAACAGUGUCAAACGGGCCUAA